AUGCCUACGGACGCGGAAAAGCAAGCCGCAGCUUUGGAGGAUCAGAAGUCGGGGAUGCACGAAGAACUUGAGGUAGUCCCGAUCGACCAAGGAGUAAACCAUGAAUCUAAUAAUAUUCAUCUGAGCUGGAGAUCAUGGCUAGUGGUAUUUAUAACUUGCUUCGCCAUCAUGGCCCAAGUGUUUGUGGUAGUGGCAGCGGGCUCGGUCAUUGCGUUCAUAGCCCGCGAUCUGGGGGACGCUUCGAUAGCCGGCUGGGUUAUCCAGGGACCACUGCUCAUGCAAUCCGUACUAUCGCCUAUAGUUGGCCGUUUAUCAGAUGUGUUAGAUAGGAAAUUCCUCGCGACAGUGCCGCCACUCAUUGCGUUCGUGGGUGCCGUUGUGUCUGCUAAGGCAACGUCAAUGAGCAUGCUUAUCGGCGGCGGCAUUCUCAUUGGGACCACGUUAGCUACGAUAUCUGUCGUACAGGCAAUCCCUUCCGAGAUACUGCCCUUGAAGUUUCGCCCUCUCGCUAAUGGCUUCGCUUUUGUCGGAGGUGCCGUAGGUGGAUUGAUCGGUUCACUUGGUGCUGGCGCGGUAACUAAUGUUGAUGCUGGCGGCUGGAGAUACAUAUUCUGGAUGCAAGCCGCCUUUCACGGCAUUACCGCACUAGGGCUCUUCUGUCUCUACUGGCCACCGAAACAUAUCCAACAUCCUAAGAUGUCGUUACGGGACUAUAUAUGGGCUUGCGAUCCUAUUGGGUCUGUACUAUUUGUCGGCAGCGCAACACUUAUGUUACUCGGACUUGAUUGGGCCGGAGGAGCCUACGCUUGGUCAAACCCUCACGUCGCAGUCCCAGUCAGCUUGGGUCUGGUGCUGCUAGUUAGCUUUGCCCUGUACGAAUGGAGAGGACGAUCUGAUGGCCUGGUUGCUCACGUCUUCUUUCGGAAGAAUGCCAACUUCGUUUACUCAAUAUUCGCCUUCGCAGUUGAAGGCUGGAUCUUUUACAGCGCCGUGAACUCCGUCGUGCCUCAGAUCGCGCUUAACCUGGGGUUCGAAAAUGAUGCCUGGCGAAUCUCGGUCCGACAACUCAGCUACCAGCUCCCUGUUUUGUUUGCCUCUGUGCCUAUUACGUGGUAUGCUACUAGAUUCAAGGACUUACAAGCGCCCCUCCUCGUUACUUUUACAAUAUUUCUCAUCGUAACUAUCUGUUAUGCUACUAUCCAGCCUUCGUGGAGCUCUGCGCAACUCGGCUUCAAUGUGCUUGCUGGCAUUGGUCAAGCAGGACCCCUGACGCUCCUCGUAGCCUGUAUCCAGUUCACGGCACCUCAUUCUUUCUUAUCGACGGCGACGGGCCUCGCUUUUUCUGCACGCGCCAUUGGCGGCGCCUUCGGGUCCGCUGUUCUAAACGCUAUUAUAAAUGGCCAACUCGCUAGCCAUUACGCAGCAGGUGUUGGGAGCGCAGCUGUAGAUGCAGGUCUUGCCAUGGAAAGUGUACCAGCUUUGCUCGAAGCGCUGGCCGCCGGGCAGAUAGGGUUAGGAGUUGACACGGCAACACCUGCGGUCUGGGCUGCAGCCAUUGAUGCUAGCAGGUGGCAAUAUGCUCAUGCGUACCGACUGGCGUGGGCCAGCGUGAUCCCAUUUGUCGUGCUAGCUAUCGUGGCUGUAGCUCUAUUGAAAGGCGUGAAGGAUUUGAUGACGGAAGAGGUAGAGGCUACCGUAGAGCAUGUUUAA